GUUUUAAUUGAAGUGAACUGUUAAACUUAAUUUAUGCUGCCUUUUAGGUGCUUUGUGGAAUUUUUGGCCUUCUUGAUGUUUUAUUGUUUUUAAAGUUGUCCCAAAAAUGAUCUUCUAAUUUAUUGAGAGUAGUUUGCUUAUUGUGAGUAUAUUCUGUAUGCCUUUAUUAUAUGUAAGCAGUGUCUUAUUUACAAGGAUGCAGCCCAUGUCCUCAAGGAUUUUAUAACCUACAUGAAGAGACACAGAAGUGGAACUAGAAGAGAAAAAUUAAAUGUUGGAUCUUGAAGCAUUGACCCACAGGUUCCAGACCCAGUUCCUGGACCUGCCCUGGAAAAGAAGUAUCCAGUAGAGAUGAGCUCACUGCAGUUACUUAAUUAAAAAUUUGUAAGCUACAAAAAUGGCAAUGGGCCAAUCAAGAACAGCUACAAUUUGAAUUUUUCUAUUUCCAGAAAAUGCUUGGACAGAAGAGAUGAGUACUAUUUCCACUAAGGCCUAGAAUUGCCUACUGUACAAAUAGUCCUGAUCAGGCAAUAUACGAAUGGCCCAAGGAAGCCACCAAAUUGAUUUUCAGGUUUUAAAUGACCUGCGACAAAAAUUCCCUGAAGUACCUGAAGUUGUUGUAUCCAGGUGCAUGUUACAGAAUAAUAAUAACCUGGAUGCUUGCUGUGCCGUUCUCUCUCAGGAGAGUACAAGGUAUCUUUAUGGUGAAGGAGACUUGAAUUUCUCGGAUGACUCUGGAAUUUCUGGCCUACGAAAUCACAUGACUUCUCUCAACUUGGACUUGCAGUCACAGAAUGUUUACCACCAUGGAAGAGAAGGAACUAGAAUGAAUGGAAGCAGGACUCUAACGCACAGCAUUAGUGAUGGACAACUUCAAGGUGGUCAGUCCAAUAAUGAACUCUUUCAACAGGAGCCACAGACAGCACCAGCUCAAGUUCCGCAAGGCUUUAAUGUUUUUGGAAUGUCUAGUACAUCUGGUGCUUCAAAUUCAGCACCACAUCUUGGAUUUCAGUUAGGCAGCAAAGGAACAUCUAACCUUUCUCAACAAACUCCCAGAUUUAAUCCCAUUAUGGUAACUUUAGCCCCAAAUAUCCAGACUGGUCGUAACACUCCCACAUCUUUGCACAUACAUGGUGUACCUCCACCUGUACUUAACAGUCCACAGGGAAAUUCUAUCUAUAUUAGGCCUUAUAUUACAACUCCUAGUGGUACAACUCGACAGACGCAACAGCAUUCUGGCUGGGUAUCUCAGUUUAAUCCUCUGAACCCUCAACAAGCCUAUCAGCCUUCACAACCUGGUCCCUGGACUACUUACCCUGCAUCAAAUCCUAUGUCACAUACCUCAGCCCAGCAGCCAAACCAGCAAGGCCACCAGACCUCUCAUGUCUACAUGCCUAUCAGCUCACCUACUACUCCACAGCCACCAACAAUUCAUUCAUCUGGUAGCUCCCAGUCUUCUGCCCAUAGCCAAUAUAACAUUCAGAAUAUUUCAACAGGACCUCGAAAAAACCAGAUUGAAAUCAAACUUGAACCCCCACAAAGAAACAGCUCUUCAAAAUUGCGUUCUUCUGGACCUCGAACCUCCAGCAGUUCGUCUUCAGUCAACAGCCAGACCUUAAAUAGAAAUCAGCCCACUGUUUACAUAGCUGCCAGUCCCCCAAAUACUGAUGAGGUGAUGUCCCGUAGUCAACCCAAGGUCUAUAUUUCAGCUAAUGCUGCCCCAGGAGAUGAACAGAUCAUGCGGAAUCAGCCCACUCUCUUCAUAUCCACAAACUCUGGAGCAUCUGCUGCCUCCAGGAAUAUGUCUGGGCAAGUGAGCAUGGGUCCUGCCUUUAUUCAUCACCACCCUCCCAAAAGUCGAGCAAUAGGCAGUAACUCUGCAACUUCUCCUCGAGUCGUGGUCACUCAACCCAAUACAAAAUAUACUUUCAAAAUUACAGUUUCUCCUAAUAAACCCCCUGCAGUUUCACCGGGGGUGGUGUCCCCUACCUUUGAACUUACAAAUCUUCUAAACCAUCCUGAUCAUUAUGUAGAAACAGAGAAUAUGCAGCACCUCACGGACCCUGCAUUAGCACAUGUGGAUAGAAUAAGUGAAGCACGGAAGUUGAGUAUGGGAUCUGAUGAUGCUGCCUACACUCAAGCUCUGUUGGUACACCAGAAGGCCAGAAUGGAACGACUUCAAAGAGAACUUGAGAUUCAAAAGAAAAAGCUGGAUAAACUAAAAUCUGAGGUCAAUGAAAUGGAAAAUAAUCUAACUAGAAGGCGCCUGAAAAGAUCAAAUUCCAUAUCCCAAAUACCUUCACUCGAAGAAAUGCAGCAGUUGAGAAGUUGUAAUAGACAACUCCAGAUUGACAUUGACUGCUUAACCAAAGAAAUUGAUCUUUUUCAAGCCCGAGGACCACAUUUUAAUCCCAGCGCUAUUCAUAACUUUUAUGACAAUAUUGGAUUUGUAGGUCCUGUGCCACCAAAACCCAAAGAUCAAAGGACCACCAUCAAAACACCAAAGACUCAAGACACAGAAGAUGAUGAGGGGGCUCAGUGGAAUUGUACUGCCUGUACUUUUUUAAACCAUCCAGCCUUAAUCCGCUGUGAACAGUGUGAGAUGCCAAGGCAUUUCUGAGCCAAAAGGCCCUUUAGCUCUAAAACCACAUCAGAAGUUCCAGAAACUAGUCUGUCAUCAGGGGAAAAGUUUCACUGCUACGUAGGAUUUUUGUCAAAUUGAAGGUGUGACGAGAUGGUGUUGUGCUAAUGUUAAAUGUCAGCCCACAGAGCUAAUAAUACCUCAGUCUAAUGUCAUGGGCAGUUGAAAUUCAUCACAUGAAAGGGGAUCUGCUGAGAGACUCGGUUGCCCGCUGCCUAACCAUGUACAGUGUUACCAGUAGCCCAUUGAGGAUGAUUCUCAGUAUAUUCAUGCCCAGGUGUGCCCAGUACCUUUUCCCCUCAUGUCACUACUGAAUUUUGACAGGAGGAAGGAAUAGAACGAUGGCUUGUUUUUUUAAAGCUUUCGGUGAAACACUACAAACAUGAAGAAAAGGAACAAGGUUUAACUAUUUCAAAACUGUUUGCUGCCGCACGGUGCCAGCGGAUAGGGGAAGAACUUCGUUGAUCUGUGGUACUCUUGGCCUCGUCCUUGUCUUCCCUGAAGACGUCUCCACUCUGUGAAGCCAGCAUCUGGGGGCUAAAGAUGAAAAGGAAGGCAGCCUGCAUUGUCUGUACAAACAUGCAGUGAAAUGUCCCAAAGCUUUUCCUACUGUACAGAUCUCUCGAGUCUGCUUUAAGUGAUUUCUUUUCUUAUUAUUUUCUUAUAUUUCUAUAUGUAUAGCGUAAUAGUCUUUUGUUAACUAAUUUUCUUUUCUCCUGUUAGUGAUUAAGCACGAUCAUGUCCCUUUUUAAGCCUUACCUGAGAGAAGCAGUGCCUUAAAAUAAAAAAGCAUUAAUGAAACUGUGCCCAAAAGAACUCUCCUCCGCUCACUCUGUACUUCGCCCUCCUGAGUGCCCAUGUUCUGUGAAGACGUGCAGACGCUGCUCGCUGACCGGCAGCAAGUGCUACGGGCCGUAGGUCUCUCCGUCCCGCUCCGUUGCCAACUUCAGCAGUGGGGGGCGCAGCACACUGACCUUCCACAGGGAAGCUUGACACAAAAGGCAUUUUUAACCCACUGACAGAGCACCGAGGUUAAGCUUGCUUCGUCUGCCUGGUGUCCCACAGAGCCUCCGCAAGAGAUCACUAUGGGGAAAGUACGGUUCUCAAAAACCAGCAACAGCCGCGGUACCUUCCGCCCUGAUGCCGGGAGAAGUUGAAGCGCUUUCCCGUCGGGGCAGUCCGUCUCUAAACCUGACUUGUUGGCAGUAUCAUGUGUAUUUAUGAAAUGAGGCUAGUCGUAUUUAGGACAACUGAAGGAAAGCUGGAAAAAAGAAAAACAAGCAAACUUGAACACUGAAGCAACCUCAAGCAUCUCUUUAUUUUGAUGAUAUAUUUUUAUAAGGAAAAUAAAUAUUCAGAUGAUCGGGAAUGUAUAUGAAAUCGAGAAAAAGAAAGAACAGUAUGCCUUUUAAAAACAGAAUUCUGAAAUUAUAUGUCAGUGCUUAGAAUGGGGCUAAGGGAAGUGCUGAAACGUAGCAAAAGGGAGGAGAUAAUGUUGACUGUCACCCAUUGUAAAUGUCUGCAAAUGGAUAUUUUUUUCAAUAAGCAGGAUUAUUACAGGUGAUCUAUACAGAGCCUUGACUUCCAGGCUUUGCAUCUUGUAUAUGGGAAGAAAUACGACAAUCCUAGUUAAUUAGACCAUAGACCCAAAGCCCUUACAUUUGAUGCAUUUUGUUUUAAAACUAGGCCUUGUUUUUCAGCUUCAUCUGCAGUUCUAUGUGAAGAUUGAUAAAUCAGUUUUUACUUGUUUUAUUAAUAAAACGUAAUUUGGA